AAGAAGCCAAUCGGUCGAAACAGCCUCUGCACGCGCUCAAAUCCCAUCAUCUCCAGCGACUUCAAGAGAGAGAUCGAUCGACGCCGGCCGGAGAAGCAAACGAAGGUAGAGAUGGCCGCCUCAACCCUCUCCCUCCUCCCAAUUCCCACCAAGAUCGCCUCCUCCCUGCUGCCGCCGUCCAACCCCCGCGCUGUCCGCCUCUCGAGCUCUCUCCUCGCCGGCUCCAUCUCCCUCGCGCCGCCCUCGCUGUUCCGGAGGCCGAGUCUCCGCUUCGCUGCCGUCGUCUCCUUGCUCCCCACAGCGAAACCGGAGAGAGCGUCGGCGGAGAAGAUGCCCAAAUGGUCGUCGAUGGCCGUAAGGGCCUUUGGCAUGGCGGAAUUGGAGGCGCGGAAGCUCAAGUACCCCAAAACAGGGACGGAGGCCCUCCUCAUGGGCAUCUUGGUUGAAGGAACAAAUGAAGCAUCAAAAUUCUUACGUGCAAUUGGAAUUACUCUUUUUAAAGUGCGUGAAGAGGCUGUAAAGUUACUGGGUAAGUCGGACCUGUUCUCUUUUAGCCCUGAGCAUCCUCCCUUGACUGAAUCAGCACAAAGGGCACUAGAUUGGGCUGUUGAUGAGAAAUUGAAAUCUGGUGAGGAUGGAGAGAUAACCACUGCACAUAUGCUUCUGGGCAUAUGGUCUGAGAAAGAGUCAGCUGGUUACAAGAUAUUGGCUUCCCUAGGCUUUGAUGAUCAGAAAGCUAGUGAGCUGGCUAAGUCUGCCAACAAGGAUGUGGUCAUGAACUCCCGAUAGAUGUUGUAUAACACUAAGAACUGGUUCAGAGCUUUGACAUGUAUGCCAACUAGAAUUUCCGCCUUUUCAAGGAGCUGAUUGAUUCCUAGCAAUUCAGUUUCAGCAACUGCAAACAAGGUUAGAACAUGGCCUUUCCUCAUCAUGGUGGUGGGCAGUGCCUGUUUUAGUUUCCCCUGGAUUCAACACACAUUUAUAAUGCUUGAUAUGAAUGCUUCUCUCAAUCUGGUAACCCACUACUAUGGGUGAGGAGACACUUUUGACUUGGUAUCUGGCUUUGUUGCAGAAGACAAACUGUAAUUAUUUCCCCAUUGUAAUUCUACACCAACCAUCCGUGUUAUUCUUGCAAUUGACUUCAUCGUUGGU